AAGGUGGAGCAGCUGGAGCUGCUGUUUGCGCAGCCGCUUCCCACCGUGUGAUGGUCACAUUCGCUGCAUGUGACCGUGCUGGUAAAACGGGGCCCCACAGAACCGGCGGGUUCACGGCGCACCAUAUGACUCCUCUCAACAGCAUCCUUGUGCUGAGAUGCAGACGUAUAAAAGCCAGCGCGCGUUCGUCCUCUGCGCUGCUGCGAGUCGCUCGCUCGCUCGCGCGUCGUCUCUGCAGAUUAAACAUUUCCUAAGCUCAAAGGUCGACCUGGUUAGUCAGGUCGAUUGAAAUGCGUGUCUGAGCCGUCGGCAUUUGGAUCCGGUCCCCGGCUCAUGGUGGUUUGUGGAGCGCUGAGACCUGCUGUGUGGAGAUGACGACCUUCGACGACCUCCUGGAGGAGGCCGGCCCCUUCGGCCGCUGCCAGAAGCGCGUCUUCGGCCUCUUCUGCCUCCUCUCCAGCACCUUCCCAGGGAUGUACCUUGGCAUCGUGUUCCAGGGCUUCACGCCGGACCACUGGUGCCGGGACCCGGCGGCGCUGGCGAAGGGGGAGUCGUGUGGCUGGAGCCCGGAGGACGUUCGCAGGCGGGCGGCGCCGGGAGGCAACGGGUCGAGCAGCUGCGAGCGCUACGAGGUGGACUGGAACAGCAGCAGCCUCAGCUGUGACAUCCUGGACCUGCAGCUCAGCGGAGCCGCGGUCAGCGGCUGCAAGGUGAGCCCGUUACCAUGGAGACGUGGGCCUGUGACAUGUAGCUCAGUGGAGCAGAGCCCCGUGAUUCUGGUUUGUGUUGGUCUGAAUCAGUGUCUGUUUGUCAGGACGGAUGGACGUACGACUACGAGGGCAGGAAGUCCUUCGUCUCCGAGUUCGACCUGGUCUGCGCCGACUCGUGGCUGGUGGACAUGUUCCUGUCCACCUUCAGCGCGGGGAACCUCAUCGGCAGCUUCGCUUUCGGCUACUUUGCCGACAGGUGAUGAUUUGUUGCUGCUCACGUGUUGGGCCCAGAGUCGAGCGUUGGCGCUGACGCUCAGCCGACCGUCCUCGCUCGCCCUCUCUCUCUCUCUCUGCAGGUUCGGCAGGAAGCUGUGUUUCCUGGUGGCCGACAUCACCAGCGUGGUGUCGGGUCUGGUCAUGGCCGCGGUUCCUCACUACGUGGCCGUGCUGGUGCUGAGGGUCGCCUUCGGCCUCGCGCUCAAAGGCGUCUGGAUGUCCAGCUACGUGCUGCUGACGGAGAUCGUGGGCGUCCAGUACCGCCGCGGCGUGUGCAUCGGGUACCAGAUGGCGUUCAGCGCCGGCGUGCUCCUGCUGCCUCUGCUGGCCUACUUCAUCUCGGACUGGCGCUGGCUGCAGGUGGCCGUCGCCGCGCCCGGCGUCGUCUUCCUGUCCUUCUACUGGUUCUUGCCAGAGUCUCCGCGGUGGCUCAUCUCCCAGAACAACCCGUCCAAAGCCCUGGAGGUGACUGAGGCCAUGGCCAAGGAGAACGGGAGGACCGUCAAGGCUCACGAGGAACUGAGCAAAGACGCCGGCGACUCGCCCGCGGCCUCGCUGCUGGAUCUGGUCCGGACGCCCAACAUGAGGAAACACACCUUCAUCCUCAUGUUUAACUGGUUCACCAGCGCCGUCGUCUACCAGGGCCUCAUCCUGCGCGUGGGCAUCGCCGGAGGAAACGUCUACGUCGACUUCUUCCUCUCGGGCCUGGUGGAGUUUCCCGCCGCCUUCCUCAUCCUCCUCACCAUCGACCGCGUGGGCCGGCGUCUUCCCUUCGCCGGUGCCAACAUCACAGCUGGAGCCUCCUGCCUCCUCGCAGCCUUCCUCCCUGACCGUUGGCACUGGCUGAAGACCGUGGUGGCCUGUGUGGGUCGGCUGGGCAUCACCAUGGCCUUUGAGAUGGUCCUGUUCGUGAACGCGGAGCUCUACCCGACGUUUGUGAGGAACCUGGGCGUGUCCGUCUGCUCCACCCUGACGGACAUCGGAGGCAUCGUGGCUCCGUUCCUGCUCUACAGACUGGCUGUGAUCUGGCUGGAGCUGCCUCUCGUCAUCUUUGGUGCUUUAGCGUUUGUGGCCGGAGGUCUGGUUUUGUUGCUGCCAGAGACCAAAGGAGUCCCUCUGCCCGAGACCAUUAAGGACGUGGAGUUCCCCGACGGAUCGGGACAUGCAGAAACAGCUCUGUGACCACGUCUGCUGCCAGUACUUCAUGUAGGUGAGAUUCAUUUAUUUACUUAUUUGAUGUGUUGAACAAGUAAUGACAGAUUGUAACGCAGCACUUCCUUGUACAGGUGAGGACACUGUAAACCCAGGUGGAUCUGGGCUCCUUGUUUCCAUCACAUCACACAGAGCAUUCCAUCACACUGACGUGUGACAACAGCACUUGAACUGUCUUUCCAAAGCAUAGGGCAACUCCACAUUUGCUGAAGUUGGGUGUUUAAUUUGAUUUAAUGUUUGUGUCGAUCCAGUCAACGAACUUGGAGACUCGGGCGUAGACUCCAGGCUUCAUGGCAUUAGCACAUCCUAAGCCCCAGGACGUGACCCCCUGCAGGAUGUAUCUGUUCUGGGCGUAACACACCAGGGGGCCUCCACUGUCGCCCUGGAGGGACGAAAGGAACGUUAGUAGCGGAAUCAAGCUACUUUACGUAUGUGGAGCUCACUCAUUGCGCCUCCAGCUGAAUUCUCAUUUGUUUGGGAAGAAGCUCUGCCACCUUCGCCUGCUGCUGUGACUUUGACUCAAACAAAGCCUUCAGCGCAGCAGCAGGCGAGCGAGGCAGAGUGUCUGUCCUGGAGACUCCCACUCUGCCCCAGCACCUGAUGGGUAAAACCAGUAGGAGCAACACCUGAAAACCAUGGGUUACAGACACAACAAUAAAAUCUUCAUAGAAAUGGGGACUCGAGUCCACUUGGCACCACACAUAAAUGAAUAAAUAAAUGUUCAAAUGUAUUACAAAUAAAAAAAA